AUGUGUUGUUUUGGUGGUGAUGACGAUGAUGAUGAUGAUGAUGGUUCCGGCUUUUAUUAUCCAUGUUAUGAUCACCAUUCUUUAGACAUUUUUCAGGGUACUGAUUGGAGUGAAUUUUGUCACAAUCUAUCCAAUAAUACAACCUUGAAAAGAUUGGCGAUGGUUAAUCAGUGUGAUGUUGAUACUCGAACUUUCAAUCGACUCGGGGCUGUUUGGAGAGACAGUCCAAAUCAAGUCAAGAUUGAAUUUCUAGAGUUGGAAAGAUUUUCCAUUUCCUCGCAAUUGUUUGAUGACCUCUGUCACAACCGAUACAUCACCACAUUGAUAUUGACAGAGUCGACUUUGGAAUAUUCGCUGAUGCCAUCAUUUUCAAAUAUGUUGUCCAUCAACAACACCAUCAAGACCCUUUCAAUCGCUGCCAAUCGAAUAGGUUCAACCGGAUGCAAAGAUCUGGCAAUGGCAUUCAAGGCAAACAAAUCAAUCACAGUGUUGGACAUUACUGAAAACGAGUUUGAAAACGAUGUAAUAGACGAGCUGUUUACGUCGUUGUUGGUAAAUGAUACCGUUGAAUAUUUGGUACUUGAUCAAAAAAACUGUACACCAGACCACCCAUACUUUACUCUAUCAAAAUCUCUAAAGCAAUACUUUUAUAUGAAUACUCAUUAUUCUCCUCCAAACUUUUCCAUUGAUGGUGAUGAUGGUAAUAAUACUUCCUUGUCUGUUUACUCUCCCAAGGGUGUUUGA